UCUGUAAAUGUUUUUUGUUAGUCUCGUAACUGGGAGGUUAUGGAAGAAGCUUGCUCUGUUCCUGGUUCCUCUCUGGACCUCAGUAUCCCUGGGAUCUGUGAGGGUUACCUGAUGAAGAGAAGAAAGUACCCACUGAAAGGCUGGCACAAGAGAUACUUCCUGCUGGAGCGGGGAGUUCUCAAAUACUCAAAAACUCAACAAGAUAUUCAAAAAGGAAAGCUCCAUGGUUCUCUUGACAUCAGCAUGGCUGUUAUGUCUGUGAAUAAGAAGUCCAAACGAAUAGACCUUGAUGCUGGAGACAAUCUUUAUCAUCUUAAGACAAAGAGCAGUGAUAUCUUCUACAUCUGGCUGACGAAGCUGGGUGCCCAUCGUCUUUUUAGAAAAAAUGAAGCAAUGAGUGUCCAUCGUGGAGUUCUUCAUGCUCUCUCCUUGAGCCAGAGUACCCUGCCAGUUGUGGGCACCAUGACCCAACAAAGCCUAUCAACUCCUCAUCACUACCCCAGCUCCGCAUCAGUGGAAGGUCCUGAGAUCAUAAGCACUGCUCCUCCUGCCUCGUAUCCAGGGGUAACCAACAAAGUGUCUGCUUGGCUGCAGCAGACCCACAACAUUGAUGCAACUUCCAAUGACCUGGCUCGGAGUCAAGCAGAGCUGACAGAACUGGUUCAACUCAUACAGCGACUACACUGGCUUGAAGGAAGUGUCCCUAUCACAAAUACUGACCUUGAGAUGCGCAUCAGUAUGCAGAAUCUCUUUCUAGAGAAACCCAAGAAGAAGUCUGGGAAGGUGGGUCACUCAAGAACUUUAUCCCGUGUUGAAGCCAUGGGUGGAAUGUUCACAUCAAGCCAUCUGAGUACAAACAGUUCCAACAUGGCUGCAUCAGUCCAGUCCAUACCCGACUAUGUUUACUCACAGCUGUCAAACCCUCAGGUAACCUCACCGGAGGCAAAGAAACUCCAUCAAGACAUUUGCAUGCUUUCUCAGAGGGUCUAUGGUUCUCUGAAGUCCAUUCAUGAGGUUUUGACCCUGGAAAGGGAGAGAAUGAGACAGGCUUGGACUAGCCCUGAUCUGAGGCAGAACACUUCUCAGCAGCUGGCGACGAUGAGCUCCACAUUGUCUGAGAGGACACCAUCUAUGGCUCGUCACAGUCGUCGUGCUCCCUCAGUGGCAGAAUCUACAGCAGAAUAUUUUGAUGCCAGUGAGGUGAUAAUGUGUGAGACCUCCUCAGAGGCAGAGGCAUCAGAUGAGUCUGGAUUGAGUGACAUCACUACUACCAGCAACUCUGAGCCUGAAGAAGGUCACUCUGCUGCCACUCUGAACUACAGAGAGAGUCUAAAAACAGCAACUGACAAACCCAGUCUGGUGCCCUCAGAUACAGGGCGUCGCACCACUCUCCCUUCCCCCUGCGCAGACAACAGUCACAUUGGCAUUAUGACCAUCCUGUACAAUAACAUUGGCAAGGACUUGUCCAGAGUGUCAAUGCCAGUGGCUCUUAAUGAGCCGUUGUCUUUGCUUCAAAGACUUAGUGAAGAGCUGGAGUACUCUGAGCUGCUGGACAUUGCCAAUAAUACCGAUGACCCAUAUCAAAGAAUGGUGUAUGUGGCAGCAUUUUCCAUUUCUGGCUAUGCCUGGGCAUCUUGGAGAAAUCGCUACAAACCAUUCAACCCCGUCCUUGGAGAAACCUAUGAGAAUCACAGGGAAGACAGGGGAUUCUACUACAUCAGUGAACAAGUUAGCCAUCAUCCACCAAUCUCGGCCUGUCAUGCAGAGUCAGAAAAUUUCACUUUCUGGCAAGAUCAGAGAUGGAAAAACAAGUUUUGGGGAAAAUCGGUGGAGAUAAUCUCCUCUGGUCUGGUCAACGUUGCGCUCCCAAAGUAUGGGGAUCACUAUGAGUGGAAUAAGGCCGUCACCUGCAUCCACAAUGUACUGAGCCAACAGCGCUGGUUGGAGCAUUAUGGGGAGGUGGUCAUCAGAAACACAAAGAGUGAUGAAUGCACCUGCAAGAUGACCUUUGUCAAGUCUCGGUAUUGGAGCUCAGAGAACAGUAAGAAUGAGAUCCAGGGAGUCGUUUUGGACCGGGCUGGAGAGGUGGUUCAUCGUUUUGGAGGCUUCUGGCAUGAAGGCAUUUUUUGUGACACUAUGGCCACACCAACAUGCAUCUGGAAACCUAAUGUACAGCCUGAUGACCACUUCCAGUACUAUGGUUUCUCACGCUAUGCCAGAGAACUAAAUGAAAUGAGUGCGGACUUGGAAAUCAUCCUCCCCCCUACAGACACGCGCUUCCGCCCAGACCAAAGGCUCUUGGAGGAGGGGAAAGUGGCUGAGGCGGAUAAAAAGAAAGAUCAGGUGGAAGAAAAGCAAAGGGACAGGAGGAAGGAAAUGGACAAGAGAGGAGAGGAGCACAUCCCUAGGUUCUUCAGAAAAGUGGUUGAUGAGGCUGGCAGAGAGGUGUGGCUAUACAAUGGAACUUACUGGAAGAUUCGCCAAGAUCCAGGUUUUUCGAAGACUGAAAAUCUAGACUUGUGGUAGAAUACUGAAGCUGGCCUAAAAUCCCAUAGGACAUGAAAUGAAUCCAGUGAAGCACAUCACUGUGAUGCUCUGUAGACAAACGGAGAUUGUGUGUUCGCUCUUACAUUUAGAAUCAGGAUAGCAUGACUGUUUAUAAAAACAUGAAUUAAUCUUUUGUAUAAAACUUAGAGGGGAGAUGCAACAAUGAAACCAAUUAACCAAAUGAUCUUCUGUUUAAAGCGUCUGUAAAGGAGCCUUUUUUUUCCCCACUAAACUUGUCUAUCUUUAUGUCUGAUCUUAAAAUCAUAGAGAACACAUUUUACUUUCAAGUUUAACAUGUCUAGGCCAGGACACUUUCACUACAGCAGAAUCUGCUGAGCUGCACUAUUUUUUUUUUUCUCCUUCAGUGGGUCCUGCAAAAAAAAAAAAAAAAAAUAUAAGGUUGACGUGUGUUAUAUUUUAUUUCAUUUGGUUGUGGAAUUAUCGUUUUGUGGUAAUUUGGGUUAUGUUGUAUAUAUUCAAGCCUUAUUAGUUAUUUUGCUUGAAUAAAUGGAAAUACUAGAAUUAUUUGCAACACAUUUGCUCUUAGCUGUUGUAGCUUUUACCAAAGUUAAUUUUUUGCAAAAAUACUGGAAAAUCUCUACUUGUGUUUUUUUUUUUUUUUGCUUUGUUUUUUGGGUUAUUUGUUUUUUGGGUUAUUUGUUUUUUAUUAUUACCUAUCCAAAAUAAACAAUCCUAUAAUCUGUUCUGCCUUUCUGUGAGCUGUUUAGUUGG